GGGGCCGCCCGAGCCGGCGCCUGUAGCGGGGGGGCCGGGUAAGGCCGGGAGGACCGGCGGCGGGGAACCGGGCGGGGGUAACACAGGGCAGAGCUCGGCCAAGAUUCGAGCCAGGAUGGGGGGGGACACCACUAGCUCCAGUCUGGGCUGACAGUGAGGUAGGGGGGGGACAGAGGAAGAGGAUGGAGGGGGGGGGGCAAAGGUGAAGGCAGCCCCCCCCUCCCAAAAUAUCCUCCACCUCAUUGGGCCAUCACCAUGGCGACGAAUUUUAACGACAUCAUCAAGCAAGGCUACGUGAGGAUGAAGAGCAAGAAGCUGGGGAUCUACCGGCGGUGCUGGCUGGUCUUCCGCAAAUCCUCCAGCAAAGGGCCCCAGCGCCUGGAGAAGUACCCGGAUGAGAAGUCGGCGUGUCUGCGCGGGUGCCCCAAGGUCACUGAGAUCAGCAAUGUCAAGUGCAUCACCCGGCUGCCCAAGGAGACCAAGAGACAGGCUGUGGCCAUCGUUUUCACUGACGAUUCUGCCCGGACCUUCACCUGCGACUCAGAGCUGGAGGCGGAGGAGUGGUACAAGACGCUGUCGGUGGAGUGCCUGGGCGCCCGCCUGAACGACAUCAGCCUGGGGGAGCCCGACCUGCUGGCGCCCGGCGUGCAGAGCGAGCAGACAGACCGGUUUAACGUGUUCCUCCUCCCCUGCCCCAACCUGGACGUUUACGGCGAGUGCAAGCUGCAGAUCACCCACGAAAACAUCUACCUCUGGGACACGCACAACCCCCGGGUGAAGCUGCUCUCCUGGCCCCUCUGCUCCCUGCGCCGCUACGGCCGCGAUGCCACCCGCUUCACCUUCGAGGCUGGACGGAUGUGUGACGCGGGGGAAGGUCUUUACACCUUCCAGACACAGGAGGGCGAGCAGAUCUACCAGCGCGUGCACAGUGCCACGUUGGCCAUCGCCGAGCAGCACAAGAGGGUCCUGCUGGAGAUGGAGAAGAAUGUCAGGCUGUUGAACAAGGGCACCGAGCACUUCUCCUACCCCUGCACCCCCACCACCAUGCUGCCCCGCAGCGCCUACUGGCACCACAUCACCGGCUCCCAGAACAUGGCCGAGUCCUCCAGCUAUGCUGGGGAGGCAUACGCGGGCGCCCAGGCCAGCUCGGACACUGACCUUCUCAACAGAUUCAUCUUGCUGAAGCCAAAGUCCUCCAAAAGCGACAAGCCUGAAAGCAGGGAGCCCGCAUCGUCCCCGUGAGCCGGCGGGGAGGGGACGGCGGUGGGGUCCCCUUUUUCUUCCCUGAGGGGUGGUAAGGACACAGGCAGGCAGCCAGCCCUCUGAGCACGCAGUGAGACUCCAUGCCAGGACCGCGGGGGAGCCGGCGCUGGCUUGCACCAUGGUCUGACGUUAGCGGAGGUGAUGGCUGGCUCAGCCUCGACUGACUUGAAAUAUAUACCGAAUAUCCGUAUCAUAAGAGAUUUUUUCCUUCUCCCACAAAUGCAAACUUUGUGGCUGCCGAAGAGCCCUCAGGCAAAGUUGCUCAAAGGCUUUUGACUCUUGGGAAUCUAACUGGGAGGUGAAGAAAAGAGAGGGGUCAAGAAAUUUGGUGUGUUUUCCACGGAGCGGGGGAAGGCUGGAGAAUCACCCCGCCGUGGGGACGGAGCAGCGCUGGAGGAUGUGGCUGUGCCAGGCUGAAGGUGUGGGGCACCAGCAUCUCACCUCCCUGUGAAGGAUGGGGUGCUCCUGGGGAUGCCCCACCACCCCUGAGCUGAUUUUUGCACUUCUCGAAGCUAUUUAAACACUCGCUGUAGAAUUGAGACGACUCAGGAGAAACUGGUUUUCCUUCAGGGAGGCCAGCUGGGAUGAGCAACCGGGCACAGCCCAGCGCCCCAGCUUUCCCGUGCUGCUCCCCACCCCAGCACUCCUCGCUCCUCCACCUGCAGCCGCUCCCCCUGGCCAUGCCCCUGGUUUAUCUGCUGGUGGGCAACCCAGGGACUCGUUUUGGCCAGUAGCAUCUGUCCCUUGAGGGGCAGCUUUGCAGAUAUAAAAAGUCCCUGGUCACAGAAGCCUGUGCCAAUGGGGGAAGAGCCGUGUUUCUCUGUGCACCCCCAUCCCCAUCAUCCUCGCUCCCUCCUCACCUGCUGGGUGGAAGCUCUCGCCCAGGGGGGAGCCGGGCUUCAUGUGCUGAACUCGAAAGCAAUUGAUUUUUUCUAGUUCUCCUAUUUAUUGACCUCCUUUAGAAGGGCUAUCUUUUUAUUGCCGUGCAAACUUUGGUGUUUCUUUGGAGUCUUCUUUCAGGCUGGGUUGGGUGGUCAGUGGUUUUAUUUCCACCCUUAAAGCUCCAGGUCUGUGCUUUGGGGACGGGGAGUGUCGUGAUGUGGGAACCUGUGGUGUGUAAAUACUGUGUCUUGGGUUUGUGUAGCUUGUGGCUGAGGCUGGGGAGCUCCUGGGGGGCAGCAGGAGGGAGAAGAGCUGCUCUCUGCAGCAUGGCCAGGUGUGGCGGGGCUCAUCAGAACGCCAGCAGCACAUCCUUCCCCGGGUGAGAGGUGUCACCUGCUCUCUUUUCCUGGCGACACACCUCAUCUGGAAAAGAUUUAACAACCAAAAAUGUUUGGGUUUUCUUUUUUAUUUUUCUUUUUUUUUUCUGUUUUUUAAGGAGUUGCUCAAUGAAUAAACAACCCUUAUCCACCCUU